UGUAACUAGUGUAUUUCCCAAAUAAAAGCGCGGAGUCUUUUAUUUUGUAGGAGCGCUGUCAAACUCAGCUGUGCGCAGCCUCGUGAAGCUCCUCAGUCUGACUCGGAUCAAACGCUGCUGUUGAUGUUUAAUCAGAGGAACGUUCAGCCGCUGAUCUGCUUUAAUAAUUGAUGAGCGUAUCGAUCAGCUGUGAUCAGAAUCAGCUCAGAUUCUCUCUGUCUGGACUCAGCGCCUCACUGAUCUGCGUCUGACUGGAAAAAACGCAAUCGGUCCAAAGUGAGGUUCUGGUCCUUCUUUGUCUCAACCUUCCUCCAGUCUUCAGCAGAAAGCUCCUCCUUUAAAUGAUUCUGUUCCCUGUGUAGUCUGACCGUGUUCUGGUGUGGGUUCUGCUCAGUCCAUGCGUGUCCUGAUGUCGGUGCCGAAGACCUCCGGGACCCUGAGGGACCUCCAGCUGGCUCUGCAGCUGAAGAUCGAGGAGCUCCGCCAGAGAGACGCUCUGAUCGAUGAGCUGGAGCUGGAGCUGGACACCAAGGACGACCUGAUCCGACAGCUGCAGGUGGAGCUGGACCGGCACCGCAAGCAGACGGCCAGCACAGGAUCUUCAGUUCAGACGCCGGCGGCUCCAGAUGAACCUCAGAGAACCAAACGUCAGGCGAUCUCAGCAGAACCUUCAGCUCUGGAUCCGUCCCAGCUGAGCGACGUCACACUGACCAGCUACUGCAAGAGCAAAGAGUCCAGUGAUCUGAUCCAACGAGCUCUGAUGGACAACGACUUCAUGAAACACCUGGAACACGGACAGAUUCUCACCAUCAUGGACUGCAUGCGUCCCACCAGUCUGACCAAAGGCUGCUGUGUGAUCCAGGAGGGCGACGACGGAUCCACUGUCUACGUUCUGGAGGAGGGGAUGGUGGAAGUGACCAAAGAGGGGAAGAAGCUCUGCAGCAUCGGACCGGGGAAAGUGUUCGGAGAGCUGGCGAUCCUCUACAACUGCACCCGGACGGCCACCGUGACAGCUCUGACGGACAUCAAGCUGUGGGCGAUCGACCGACAGGAUUUCCAGACCAUCAUGAUGAGAACUGGUCUGAUUAAAUACUCCCAGUACACCGACUUCCUACGCAGUGUUCCAUCCUUCCAGUCUCUGGCUGAAGACGUUCUCAGUAAACUGGCCGACGCUCUGGAGGAGACUCGUUACAGUGACGGCGAUUACAUCAUCCGUCAGGGCGCCACAGGAGACACUUUCUUCAUCAUCAGCGAAGGACAGGUGAAAGUCUCUCAGCAGAUCUCUGCAAACGAUGAAGAGGCGGCUGUGAAGACUCUUUCCAAAGGAGACUGGUUUGGAGAACAGGCUCUGAAAGGAGAAGACGUUCGGACCGCCAGCGUCACGGCCGUGGGCAACGUCACAUGUCUGGUCAUCGACAGGGAGUCCUUCAAACAGCUGAUUGGAGGUUUGGACGAUGGCAGCGACAAGCAGUACGACAGCGACGAGGCCAAGGCCAAACGGCAGGCUGAAGCUGAUUUCUUCUCCAGUGUUUCCCUCAGUGACUUCACCAUCAUCUCCACUCUGGGGAUGGGAGGCUUCAGCCGAGUGGAGCUGGUCCAGUUAAAGAGCGAUCCCAACCGAUCGUUCGCCCUCAAGGUGCUGAAGAAGCGUCACAUCGUGGACACCAGCCAGCAGGGUCACAUCCUGUCGGAGCGUCGCAUCAUGAUGGAGGCUCACAGUCCCUUCAUCAUCAGGUUGUAUCGGACUUUCAGGGACUCCAAGUAUCUCUACAUGCUGCUGGAGGUUUGUCUUGGAGGAGAACUGUGGUCGCUGCUGAGGGACAGAGGUUUGUUCGAUGACGGAAUCACUCGGUUCUACACCGGCUGUGUGAUCGAAGCUCUGGCCUUCCUGCACUCCAGAGGCAUCAUCUACAGAGACCUCAAACCGGAGAAUAUCAUCCUGGACCACCGAGGAUAUGCCAAGCUGGUGGACUUUGGUUUUGCCAAGAAGGUGGGUUUGGGGAAGAAGACGUGGACGUUCUGUGGGACUCCAGAGUACGUUGCUCCUGAGAUCAUCCUCAACAAAGGACACGACAGCUCGGCCGACUGCUGGUCUUUAGGAAUCCUGGUGUUUGAGCUGCUCAGUGGAAGUCCUCCUUUUUCUGGCUCUGAUCCCAUGAUGACCUACAACAUCAUCCUGAGAGGCAUCGACAUGAUCGAGUUUCCCAAGAAGAUCACCAAAAGCGCCGCCAACCUCAUCAAGCGCCUGUGCAGGGACAACCCUUCAGAGAGACUCGGCAACCAGAAGAACGGAGUGAAGGACAUCCAGAAGCACAAGUGGUUCGAGGGUUUCAACUGGGACGGACUACGACAGGGAACCAUAGAUCCUCCGUUCACCCCCACGGUGGACGGACCGCUGGACAACAGCAACUUUGACUAUUUCCCUGAAGACACAGAAGAACCUCCAGAUGAAGAGUCUGGAUGGGAUCUGGAGUUCUAGAGGACCAGGACCAGGACCAGGACCAGGACCAGGACCAGGACCAACACCUGGACCUGGACCAGGACCGGGACAGAGACAAACUGUUUUAAACCAGGAGAAUAAGCAGCUGAAGGAGUUUCUGAUGUAGACUGAAAACAGAAUAAAGAAAAAUUGGAGAAAAAUCAGAAAAAUAUUCAGAUGUAAAAAAUAAAGUCGACUUUUUAAAGUAAAAUCAGGACGACGAAACCCUAAAUCUGUGAUUCUACUUUAAAAAAAGACAAAAUAAAGGAUAAAAAUCAGGUAGAAAAAUGAAGAAAAAGUUGUAAUUUUUAUAGUUUUUGUUGCUUUUACAAUUGUAGUGUUGAGAAAAACAAAAAUCAUAAAGAAGUCCAAUUAUUUCAGUGUUAAAAUGGAAAAUGUGUCAAGAAAUAGUCCUACGUUUUCAUAUAAUAGUGAAUUCUUUUAUAAAAAAUUGCAAUAAUAAAUUAGAAAUAACACAAGAAAAAAAUAUGUGGAGAAAUUUAAUUUUAAUCUCUAUCUCAACAAUAAAUUUGUAAUUUAAAAAAUUAAAUGUUGAGAUAAUUUCCACACGUGGAGAAAUAUUAUACAAUAUAUUAUUUAAAGAAAACAUUCAAGUAUAUCAACGUUAAAAUGCAAAAUAUGUCAAGAAGUUUAAAAAAAAAUCAGAAUAA